AUGCAUUUUGCAGCAUAUUGUGUCGUUGCUGUUGAAUCUGCCGGUCGACAGUUACCGAUCGCAUUUUUAGAGCGCGUCAAGGAUGACUUCAACAAGAAGUAUGGAGGGGGUAAAGCUGCUACUGCAGGUCCUAAUAGCUUGAAAAGAGGAUUUGGGCCAAAAUUGAAAGAGCAAAUGCAGUAUUGUGUGGAUCAUCCAGAGGAGAUAAACCAACUUGCUAAAGUGAAGGCUCAAGUUUCUGAGGUGAAAGGUGUGAUGAUGGAGAAUAUUGAGAAGGUUCUUGACCGUGGAGAGAAGAUUGAACUUCUCGUCGACAAAACCGAGAAUCUGCGUUCGCAGGCACAAGAUUUUAGAACACAAGGGACCAAGAUUAGGAGAAAAAUGUGGUAUCAGAAUAUGAAGAUUAAACUAAUAGUGUUUGGAAUUGCAGUAGCUAUUGUACUGAUCAUCUUUUUGUCCAUUUGCCCUGGCUUUAAAUGUUGGUAG